UAGUCUUGCUGUGUUGGAUUAUCGUGAUUUGUUACCACUAUUUUUCAAUAAAAUUCCUUAUGUUUUUUACGGUCAUGAUAUGCGUCCUACGCUUUGCAACUUGAUUUUGGAUCAUAUCGAAAAUUCAACUGCUUGUCAAAUUAAUGUGGACAAAACUGAGUUUCAUUAUCAAAAUUGGCCUCUUUUUACUAUAAGCGAAAGGGCAAUAAAUGUUGAAAGGAGGAUGGUUGAUAGAUUCAAUUAUGUCAAAUACGAGCUUGCCAAUCUUCACAAUUCGAAGAUUAAGUUCCUUGUUCAAUGGAUAUAUACAGAAAUAGCAAUUAAUGAACACGCACAAGGUAUGGGUAUACUACAAGCUUAUCUUGCGAUUGAAAGAAUUAAAGGACAGGAAAUUGUAUCGCUUCUUGAUUAUGAUUUGAAUAAGCUUUUCUUUUAGUGUUUGUCUUGUAGUAUGUAUAAUUGUUAUAUAUAGGUAGUAUUUGUAUAAUUUUUUGGUUGUUGUAAUUCUGAAUAAAAUGAUAUAAUUAAAAAGCUUCUUGUUUUUCUCAACUUGUAUGUU